UAAUAUUAUAUGUAGUUUUUCAAGCUAGAACAACAGCUCAGUUAGCUGUUUGCUUGUUUUAUAUUUAUUUUCAUUUUCCUUAUUUUUUACCCUCUUCUUCUGCGAAAUCUCCAGAACGAUAAGUAAGAGGAAGACAGAAUAAUUCCACACUGAAAUCCCUUUUCUUAGAUUUUGACUCUACAUUGAUUAUUUCGGUUCUUUCUGGGGAAAAAUCGUUCUGAGUUUAAGAUUUUUAUUAUUAUUUCUUUAGUUGGUUCGGAUUUUUUAGGAAAAAAAGAAACAUUCUUGAAAGUGCGGAGGCAUUCGGUUGCAUUUUGUGGGAGAGAUCUGGGAUUUACUUUCUUCAUUUCAAGGUUUUGGCAGAUUCUUGAUUUCCCUGCGGAUGGGGAACGGAUGAGCUUAGUUUUCUUCAAUUGCAAGAAUUGAAGAUUCAUUUCAUUCAUGGGCAGGAGUUUUUCUUUUGAGAGACGCCAUUGAUUCAGCAAAGAGAAAGAAAAUAAAAGUAGAAGGUUGUGCAAGUUACGCGCUCUUUCGUUCUUUCUCUGUCUGUGUACGCGUGGCUCUUGAGAUUGGACUUGUGUAAUGCUGCGGUGGUAGCAUUCUGAAACUCUAUCAGAAACAGGGUUGAACAGCUUUGUCUCAGAUGAGUGUCUUUGAUUUCUAACACAGAUCGUGAAGAAUCACGGUUCCUACAGAUCUGAGGCUCUUUUGCCUGAAAAAUCUCAUAAAUUUUUGCAACCGAUACAAGCAACAAAGGGGAGUCAAUUUUUUUUUUUUCCUUAUAAAAUGAUCAGAAUGAAGACUAAACCGACAGGGCUGUCACCUAUGAAUGGCGGCUCAAGAGCUGGCCGCGUCGGCGAGUCUGGGGCCGAGUGGGAGCUUAGACCUGGGGGAAUGUUGGUACAGAAGCGAAACCCGGACUCAGAUCGGAGCUCCAUCCCCCCACCUUCAAUAAGAGUUAGGGUUAAGUACGGGUCAACGUAUCAAGAAAUCAGUAUUAGCUCCCAAGCUACAUUUGGGGAGUUGAAGAAAAUGUUGACGGGGCCAACAGGACUUCACCAUCAAGACCAAAAGCUGAUUUUCAAAGACAAAGAGAGGGAUUCAAAUGCAUUUCUUGACAUGUCUGGAGUGAAGGACAAGUCCAAGAUUGUGCUGGUUGAGGACCCAAUUAGCCAGGAAAAACGUUUCCUUGAGAUUAGAAGGAAUGCCAAAAUGGAGAAGGCUUCAAAAUCCAUCUCAGAAAUCAGCCUCGAAGUUGAUAGGCUGGCCGGCCAGGUGUCGGCUCUUGAAUCUGUAAUUUCUAAAGGUGGGAAAGUAGCAGAGAAAACUGUAAUUAAUUUGAUUGAGUUAUUGAUGAAUCAAUUGCUGAAAUUGGAUGGAAUUAUGGCUGAUGGGGAUGUGAAACUACAGAGGAAAGUGCAGGUGAGAAGAGUUCAGAAGUAUGUAGAGACUCUUGAUAUGUUGAAGUUGAAGAACUCCAUGCCUAAUGGCAAUGGGAAUCAUAUACCAAUGCGGCAUCAGGAAAAGCAUAAUUCAAAUGGACAGAGACUAGCCCCAAUUCAAGAACAAUCGCCGAGGCAUUCCAAUGGGCAAACACUAAUACCAAUAGAAGAGGAGCAACCUAGGCACUUGCCGGCUCACCGUCAUCAGCGACAGAAUUCAACGUCAGGGGCAGUUGUUGUUACUACACAAUGGGAAACCUUUGAUUCUGCCCCUUCAUUGCUGCCAGAACCUUCAACGUCCACAUCUACCUCAGCCACAAAUAAUAAUUCAGUUCAUCAACCUAAGUUCCCAUGGGAUUUCUUCGGCUAGGCUUUAUGCCACAGCCAACAAGAUGUUGUUUUCUUCGAAUGUGUGUGGAUGUGCUUUGGGUUUGUGUCCAGUUGGUUUGUUAUCAUCUCCAUUCUUUGAUGUAUUUAAAUUUUAUUAGCACACUUGCCUUUAUAAAUCUACCAUUCAAGUUGAGAAAUAAAUGGGAUGGUUCAUUAUUGCUAUUAA